AAACAUGAAUCCGUUUCGUUUAGUUGCAGAAAUAAGAGAGAGAAGAACUGGAAUUUUCUGAGGAGAAAAUAUCCUCGAUCUACUCGUACGAAAUCUCAUCGUUAACCACUCCUUUACUCUCUUCUCUUUCUAUGCAAGCAUAUUCUCACCUCCUCCCCCUUGCCUUUAUAUAUAUAUUCACAGCUCUCCCCUUAUUUUCUUGACUUUCCUUUGCAUGAAUCUUCAAUCAAUAUUUCUCUUCUAGCUUACUCGUUCUUUUUCUUUUAUCUAUCUCUCUCUCUAUCAGUUUAUAUCAGCGCAAAAUUCUGAGUUUGAAGAGUGUGCGAUUUGUAUUGUUGCAUGGAUGGAUGCCUCAAAUGGACAACACCAAGUAGGAAAUGAAAUGGCCUCUCAUUCACUGGAGAACAUGUUGGCUUGUUCAAAAGCACAACAAGAAAGGAAGCCAAGGCCUCAACCGGAGCUAGCUCUAAAAUGUCCAAGGUGUGAUUCAACCAACACAAAAUUUUGCUACUACAACAACUACAGCCUCACUCAACCCAGAUACUUCUGCAAAUCUUGCAGAAGGUACUGGACCAAAGGCGGCACUCUGAGGAAUGUUCCAGUGGGUGGAGGCUGCAGGAAGAACAAAAGAUCAUCAUCAUCAUCAUCAUCAAAGAGAUCCCAAGAACAAUCUAUCACUUCUCCCAUCACCAACCCUCUCACCAAUCUCAGUUAUGACUCAAACGACCUCACUCUUGCAUUUGCUCGCCUCCAAAAACAAGCCAGUGGGCAAUUAGGGUUUGAUGAGCCUGAUUUUUCUAUUUUGGGCAAUCCCACAAACACCCAUUGCACUGAUACCAUUCUUGGAAACCCUAAUAUUAACAACUCUUGUGCUUCAUCUCCAGCCUUCCUUGAUGCUCUCAGGAGUGGAUUUCUCGAAACCCAGAACAAUUAUCAGAAUCUGUAUUACGGGUUUGGGAAUGGGCAAAGUAUGGGAGAUGUAGAUAACAAUAAUGUUGGUGGUGUUGGCUUCAGUGGGGAAAUGUUGCUGCCAUAUCCAGAAAUGGCAAGUACUAAUGCAACAACAACAGCUGUGACAGUCACAACAAUGAAACAAGAGCCUUGCUAUAACAGAGAAAGUGAAAAUUCUAGGGUUCUGUGGGGAUUUCCAUGGCAGCAGCUUAAUGCAGAUCAUCAUCAUGGGAACAUGGGUGGUGAAAUUGAUUUAGCAAAAGAAAGCUGGAAUGGACUCAAUUCAACUUGGCAUGGACUGGUUAAUAGCCCUUUAAUGUGAAAACAAACAAGGCAUAGAAAUUCUUGUUUUAUCAGAUCUCCACUUCAUUUUCAUUUCCCAUUUGUUUUUUAAUUAAAUUUUUUUGUUUUCUAGUAUAAACUAUAGGCUCUAUAGGAGAUAUGAGAUUUGCUAGGCAAAGAAGUGAAGUGAUAUAACAUGAAAUGUAGUAUCUUUGAGAAAAGAGUGAAUGAGUGAGAGUGAUGUUUCAUGGUUUAUGCAUUCUGAACUCUCUGAAAUUCUCAAACUGUUGUUGGAUUUGUUUGCAGUGAAAUUUGGAAUUUUCUUUUGGUGUUUUCAA